GAGAGCUAGGCAGAGAGAGUUCUGUUCCUCAUAUGCCGAGGGGGGCAUGGGUCGUUGGACAAGCUGCCCCCACUGAAGCCUCCUGACUCAUGGGAGCGUCAGACGCCCCGAUCCCCAGAGAGCCUGAAAACACUGCUGAACCACGCGCAAGAGGAGAAGGAGGGGAGCCAGAGAGGUAGAGUUAGAGAAAAAAAAACUCCAGAGGAGAGGGAAGAAAGCCACAACGGUAGGCUGUCCCACUCAGCUGCAGUGCCGUGAUGACGUUAGAGGGCAUGUGACCCAGGGUCUCCAGUGACGGCACAUGGAGGGCAGGAAAGAGACGAGUUUUAAAGCUGGUGCCUUUUGGGUUGUGUGAGGGCUCUGCUCGCCUCCCAAACAACCACAGAACCACAGACGUGCGGCUCGGGGUUGGUGUUUGAGGGCGACCCGGAGUGUAAAUGGUUAAUCGUCGCGGGCCAGCACCAGUCACAAGGACGGCGCUAAGCGAGACGUGUCAGGGGUCACGGAAACCACAGUGGAACAAAAGUGGGGCUUGCUGGAACCAGAGGCAGCUAUGGCAUCUAACAGCCUUUUCAGCACAGUGACACCAUGUCAGCAAAACUUCUUCUGGGAUCCCAGUGCCAGUCGGAGGUUCAGUCCGCCGUCCAGCAGCCUCCAGCCGGUCCCAGGGAAGAUGAACGAUGUGAGCUCUCCAACCGGACAGCCUGACGCGGCGGCGGUGCCAAGGCUGCGCCCCCACGAAAACCGCAGCAUGGCCGAGAUUAUCGCCGACCACCCGGCGGAGCUGGUUCGGACCGACAGUCCCAACUUUCUCUGCUCGGUUCUGCCCUCCCACUGGCGGUGCAACAAGACGCUGCCUGUCGCUUUUAAGGUGGUUGCCCUGGGGGACAUACCCGAUGGGACGGUUGUCACUGUGAUGGCAGGCAAUGACGAGAACUACUCCGCUGAGCUGAGGAAUGCCUCAGGCGUGAUGAAGAAUCAAGUAGCACGCUUCAACGAUCUCCGCUUUGUGGGCCGCAGUGGCAGAGGCAAGAGCUUCACGCUGACAAUCACAGUAUUCACCAACCCACCACAAGUAGCCACUUACCAUCGAGCUAUAAAGGUCACCGUGGAUGGACCGCGUGAGCCCAGGAGACACCGUCAAAAGCUUGAGGACCCUCCUAAAGCUGGCCUCUUUUCAGACCGCCUUAGUGAGCUCGAGAGGAUGAGGGUGAGGGUCUCAGUUCCCGCUCAAGCCCCACGGCCAACUCUAAACCCAGCAGCCAACUCUUUCAACCCACAGGGUCAGACACAGAUAACAGACCCUCGUCAGUCCCAGUCCUCUCCUCCCUGGACAUACGAACAGACGUAUCCGUCCUACCUGAGUCCCAUGGCGUCCCCCUCAGUCCACUCCACCACACCCCUCUCCUCCAGCCGAGGCACGGGCCUGCCUGCCAUCAGUGACGUGCCUCGACGAUUGCCAGGAUCCUCCGACCUGAGCCCAUUCCCUGGUCAGUUUGAACGACAGUUCCCGAGCCUCUCUUCCCUCACAGAGAGCCGCUUCUCUGGCCCUCGCAUGCACUACCCAGCCACCUUCACCUACACCCCACCCGUCACCUCAGCCAUGCCACUGGGCAGCGCCCACUACCACACCUACCUUCCCCCUCCUUACCCCGGAUCCACCCAGAGCCAGAGUGGACCCUUCCAGACCAGCAGCACACCCUAUCUUUACUACGGUGCCUCCUCCAACUCGUACCAAUUCUCCAUGGUUCCUGGUGGGGACCGCUCGCCGUCCCGGAUGAUCCCACCUUGCACUAGCGCCUCCACGGGCACCUCCCUGGUGAACCCUAACCUACCCAGCCAGACAGAAGGAGGGGUGGAUGGCGACGGGAGCCACAGUAAUUCCCCAACUGUUCUCAACCCCGGAGGCCGCAUGGAUGAAGCAGUCUGGAGGCCAUAUUAGAAAAAAAACGGGCCCGGGAAGAAGAACAGAUAAGAAGUCACCUGAUGUCAUGGUUUGAAAGCACAAAACCUUUUUUUUUAUAAAAUGAAAAGGGGAUUUUUGGGCUCUCAUCAGCUAUCUCUACCUUUUGCUUGGAAAUUAAGGCAGAGAUAAAAAAAAAAAAGAAGAAAAAAAGAACAACACAGACCUGCAUGGACUCGUCUUUCUGGAAUGUGUUUUGACCAAGGCACUACAAAGGGAGUGAUUCUCACAGCAAUAAUGAGAAAAACAAUUUUGGUUUACUAGGCCCAAGUGGAUGAGACAUUGUUUUGGGUUUUUUUUAUAGUCCACGAGCUAAGGGAUGCUUCAACAAUAUACGGAAAAGUCUUUUGUAUCGUGUUUGUAUUUCAUUAAGGCUUUUUUUGCAGAGCAUGUUUUUGUACUACGACAAUAUCAAAAUGCAAGUUAAGCACUGAGUAGCAAGUGAAAAGAGUAACACAUAUGUUACCUUACGUGGUGUGGACAUAAAAUUUCCUUUAAACCAAUUAAUUUAACUUGUAUAUUGUGGGUGAGACAGUGAUGUAGAUUGAAGCAUUUUCUUAGUUUUAACUUAUAAAGCCAUAAAUUAUGUAUUGUAUUUGAAACUUGAGUCAAAGAAGUGUAAUCUGAAUAUUUUUGAUGCAUCUAUCUAAGUUAAAAUAAUUCUUUUUGUUUUGUUUUGUUUUUUGAUAGGUAAUUUAAGAGAGCAAGAGAGUAAUGUAGCACCCAAAGAUUUAAAUGGCUCGGAAUAUGAAAUGUAAUUUCCAAAGAGUAUUGCAACAUGUUUCUUCUGGUGUAACUUUGAGUUUAACUGCUCGACACAUUGAGAGGCCAAUAUGCUCGCUAGGCGUUGACACACAUUUGGCUUAAAAUUAAACCUUUGGUAUUUAUUGAGCAAUAACUUGCAUUGUGCCUCUUGGCAACAUACCACGAAAGCCAGCUCCAGUGAGGGAAAAAAAUAAUUAUCCAUUUAGAGAAAUUCGGUUUAAUUUCUUUAUUUUGUCUGGUCUGACAUGCACAUGCAUACUUGUGUAUUUUCUUCUCAAAAUAAGAAAUAAAAGCCCGGAUCAAAUCCAAAGAUGAUUACAGUGGUGCCACGUCUGGUGCUGCACUUUAAAGCAGCAGGUCAGACUUUAUGGUUCGGUUGCUUUGUGAUACAGGAACUCCUCAGGACUGGAAUAAUCCUUGGAUGAUACCACGGAUUUACUAUUUCUGCAUUUCUGUUUUUUGUUUUUUUUCCAUAUCCAGCCUGGCUGAAAGCUCUGUCAGGAUUAUAGCUUAAACAUGCCAAGUCUAUUAUAGCUUUCAUAUCAUGUGCAAAAGAUAGCUUUAAAAAAGUUUGUGUUUGUUUGUGCUUCACACACACAGGUUUUGUAUUUUUUUCAGUCUCACAGUUAAAGACAAAAGAGACUCUGGCAUCUUUUAGAUAUUUAUUCAUCUCCAGCAUUUCUUACCAGAUCUGCGCCAUCCAAACCUAAAAUUAUUUUCUUGCCUCAGUAUGAGGGGAGGUCUGCAUUCAACAUGACUACGUGAGAAUUUAAAGAGCGCUGGAGAUUUAACAAAAAGUUCAAAAAACCUAAGAUUGGAUUCAGCUGCUGGCAGCAAACUGGUAACCAAAAAAUAUGGGAUACUUGUGUAUGUUUGUUUCAUAAAGCACUUAUUUCUUGUUUUAUUUCUAACAGCACUUGCGGCUGGCUGCCAGCAGGGCUCUUGGUUUUGGUACCGAGUGCAGCUAUAAGGCUGCUGGAAUCACACACACUCCGAGAAUGGAGAACACUUGGCCAAACAAGCCAUUUACAUCGGAUUUUAAUCUAAUCUCAAAAGGCAAGUGAUAUUUGUCAAAUACAAUAUUCAAUUCAUGUGGGUAGUAUAAUAAUCCCAGCUAAAAAAUCUGAGAAAAACACUGACCUGCCCAAGGAUCACACUUCCAGCUUUUACACUGAAGGUUUGCGAGCAGACUCUACAGAGGAAGUUCUGAGAUCAGUUAAAGGAACUGAACAUGUCAAUGCAUUUCACCAGCUAGUUCAGCCCAAAGGAGAACCAGCGUUGCUGUUACAGUGCAUGAAGAGAAAGUAAAUUUUUAAAAAAAACUAUUAGAUUUUUUUAACAGUGCUGACAUGCACAGUAACUUCUCACCUCCUAUCACUUCACAAACAGAACAGGAAAUGAAUCUGUUUACACACCAACGCAGCACUGACAUCCCAGUCUGUCCUCGUCUGCUUUUGUUUGUGUCGUGUUAUUUUAUUUUCCCACCACCUUUUUGUUUUUUAAAUGAUGGGUACAAACUGUCAUUAAAGCCUUGUAUUAUUUAAUGAUCAACACAAUAUGAUAUCCAGGAAUUGUACUUUACCUUGUUCUUAUGUAAAGUUUACUUAUUUCUAUUGCUAUAUGCUUCUUGUCAUGAACACUUGUCAGGAAACUGAAUCUAAUGGAGACUCUGUUAGAAUUUGCUGGUACGUUUUUUUUGUUUUUUUAGUUUGUUUUUUUUUUGUUGUUGUUGUUGUUUUGUUUUGUUUUUUUUUGUUUUUUGUUUUUUGUUUUUUUUAGGGACAAACAGACCUGACAACAGUGAGUGAAAUUGGCAUUGUGAUUGUACAUUUUGUUUAUUUUAAAAAAUAAAAUAGGUAUUUUGUAACUUAAUUGUUCCUCUUGAUCUCAUCUUUGAGCAUAAAUGAGCUUUUUGUUAACUCAAAAAACCUUAAAGUUCCUCGUCUAUUCAAAGAGCCCAAGUUAAACUUUUUUUUUUGUUGUUGAUAUUUAAAAUAUCUUGCUCUACAGUUUUAG